AUGAACCUACUUCUCCUUCUCUUCGCCCUGCUCCCAACGGCCACCAGUGGCGCCCAUCUGAUCCCGAAAAAGUCGGCGACGAUCGACAAGAACACGGUGCUCGUGCUGUUCGGAACACGUCACGGAAACCGUCAUCCGGAGGUGUUCCUUCAGGAGAACCCGAGAAGUUGGGGUUACGAGGGCAACACCGAAUUGACGUCGUUCGGCAAGCGUCAAGGACUCGGCCUGGGCAAGGAGAUUCGAAGUUUUAUUGGCACUUUGGUAGGUCGACGAGCGAGAGAUUUUUGAUUUGAGGCCAAAGUAUUGCAGAUCGGUCGCAACUACAACUCGUCUGAAGUCAAAUACUACUCCAGCUCGGCGAACCGAUGCCAGAUGACUCUUCAGGUAUCUCUAGAACCAUGCAUUAUUUCAAAAUGUGGUCAACUGAAAAGUUGUCGUAAAUUUCAUGCUCUACAACUUUGUAGUAGAUCAUUUUGCUCUAGACCGUCACCGCCGCCAUCCACGACCCGGAACAGUGGGGAGAUUGGGACAAGAAGUGGUACGAUCACUGGUCGCCGGUCCCCUACACCAUUGACGAUCCGCUGCUCAGAAUGUACGCUGUCGAGGAGUGCAAGGCCAAUGAUAAGGGUACGCACAUUUUUGAAUCAAGAUGAAUCAACUAUCACUGUCAUACGAAUGAGUUUACACAUUCUGAGCGUUAAACGGUGGCGUCCAACGUGACAUAAUACAACAUAUUUUUAAAAUUAACUUCAAAGUGGGGCAUUCACUUUCUCAAAGUCCCGAAUUGCGGAAAAAAUUCCCCGAUUUUUAAGAUUUUUUUCAAAAAAGUUAAUGGUACCGAGAGAGAUUUUUCUAGUCCCCGGAUGGAAUUCCCAUUUCUUCCGAUUUUUUUUUUCGUUUUCGUGCAAAUUUCUUAAAUUUUCAAUUGUUUUUUCACUGAACACACUUAUUUACAAUAUUUAAAAAAAAAUUAUGUUUUUUUCUGUGCCGUGACGCCAAAAAAUCGAUAAUCUGAAUAUUUUUUUUUGUUGUUUUUCCGGGUUUUUCGCUCAAUUUUCGGUUUGCGCGCUGAAAAGCAAAUACUAAAUACAUCGCUUAAUCAUUUCCUGAGUCUUAAUUUUAUGUUUGCGAGUUACAGAAAGUUUUAUUUUUCAAAGUAAUGCGAAAAAUCCGAAACUUCCCAUUUUCGGUUUUACAAAAAGUGGCUGAUUUUUUCUGAAUCUCUGAAUUUUGCUGAAUUUUGAAAGUUUCAGAUUAUCGAUUUUUUUGGCGUCACGAAACAGAAAAAAAUCAUAAAUUUUUUUAGAUAUUGCAAAUAAGUGUGUUCAGUGAAAAAACGAUUGAAAAUUUAAGAAAAUUGCACGAAAACGGAAAAAAAGUGAAUGCCCCACGUUGAAGUUUAUUUUAAAAAUAUGUUAUACGUCACGUUGAACACCACUUUUAAACGGUCAUGAAUUAGUGAAAACAAUAAUAAUCGAUAACAGUUCGAAGAAAACGUUAUACAAUUUACGAAUUUCGGGGGGAACUACAAAAUUUGACUCAAUCGUUCAUGUUUUUGGGCGUAAAAAGUGAGGGCGCUCGAGAGAAACACAGUUUUCCAGUCUGGGGUCCAAUCUCGAAGGACACUCUGCCAUCGCUCAAAAAGCUGAAAACCGACAACGCCGCGGAGCUCAAAUAUUUCGCCGACAACACGAAAUGGGACUUGGAGAAUCUGGGAAAAGCGGCCGAUUUGGCCGACAAUCUCAUCGAAAUCGAUUUGUACAAGGCCGAGUAUCCGUCGUGGAUCAAGGCGCCAAAACUAAAAGGGUACAAUACCGAAAAGCUGAAGGCCAAAUUUUGGAGUUUGCCGAGGUGCAUCAGAAUGCGUGCGCCGAUUAUGCGCCGUGCGGGAAUCUGAUGGCCGGCUACUGGCUUCAGGACAUUAUCAACAAGUUGGUGAAGGCCAGUGACGGAAAGGGACCGAAACUCAUCGGAUAUGCAUCGGUGAGUCCGAUUCUGGGCGGUUUUCUAGACAGAUAUUGUCGUCUUGAAAGUGGUCAACUGGAAAAAGUGUAAUAUUAGACGUAAAUUGAGAUUCCAGCACACCGAAGUGACUCUGUCCGUGAUGCGAGUGAUGGGCUACGACAAGGACGAGUUGACCACUUCCGCCGGCUUCGUCGUCGAGUUCAAACGGCUUCCGAAGCCCGCCGUCCGUCUUCUCAACCACGAUCCGAAUCCGAUCGACGAGCACGUCAUCUACCCGGCCGAGCUGGUGCCGAAGCUCAAGAAACUCGCCGACAAGGACGGAUUCAUUCCGCUCGACGCGUUUUUGGCGUUUGCCAAACCGCUGGCUUUCGCCGACUGGAAGGCCGCUUGUAACAAGUAG